AAAUAAAUUUUAUCUUUCACUUGAUUAUCAUGUGAUAGCAUGAAUAACCCUUAAUGCCAAGUUAUAGUACUUUAUCUGAUAUUGAGCUCAAAGUCAGGCUAAUCUUUUUAAUUACAUCUCAGAGAGCAUUUUGAUGCUUUAUCUUAAUGUACUACAGAGAAUUGGUGUAUGUCAGGUAUCAAGACACAUCUUUACCUGAUUGGUAAUUCUACUGAAGGCAAUUGUGUCUAUGCUGAUGAGGACUUACUGGAUGCUCUACUCGGUUCUGCGGUUCCUGUGGAUCUUGUUAUUGAUCACUCAGUACAGAUUGAUGUGGCAAGAUCAGCGAAUGCAGUUCAGGCAAAUAUGGAACUUGAGUUUCAACACAACAAGGAAAGAUUUGGAUUUUUAAAAUGGUGUUCCAAUGCAUUCAAUAAUAUGCUUGUUGUCCCAAAAGGGUCUGGUAUUGUCCACCAUAUGAACUUGGAAUACAUUGGACGAGUUGUUUUUAACAAUGAAGGAAUGCUUAACCCUGACAGUGUUGUUGGUACUGAUUCCCACACAACUAUGAUAGAUGGGUUAGGUGUUGCUGGCUGGGGAGUUGGCGGAAUAGAUGCGGAAGCUGCAAUGCUUGGCCAGGGAGGAUAUGUGGGAAAGGGCAUAAAACAACAGUAUAUAUUUUCUUGUUCAUCAUUUUGAAGACAAUGAUUGCCUGAUAUUUCUUCGGCACAAUCAACUCUCUGCACGGUAUAGGACUUUCAAUUACAUCUCCCGGAUGAAUUAGAGGACAACUUAUAGAUUUAUUUCCUCAAAACUCAAAAGGUGCAUCAAGGGAUCAAUUGGCUUGACAGCAUGCUUGGGCUUUCGGCUUAUCUUGUGGAAAGCGUACUUUCAAGGUACUAUUGAAGACAUCCAAUUCAAGAAGAAAUCGACGGAUAACCUCUAACAUUGUAUUACUCAUCUCAAAUGUAAUAUUAAUCAUUCAUUUUAGUAGCUUUAGUCAGUCAUCGAGUGGAACAUUUGUAUUGAGAGCAAGACUGAUAAUGCAUAUAUAAUGUUUGGACGCUUA